GUUGUAUUCCUGGGCCUUGUCCAACUUCAGAUGAUUUGAAAUAUACUAUGACUCGUUUAGCAGUAGAUGGAGCAGAUAUUUAUAUUGUGGAGCAUGGCUGUGCUACAAAUCUAAAGAUGGGUGCAAUUCGAGUUGCAAACUGUAAUCUCCACAAUCAGUCGGUUGGGGAAGGAAUAAGUGCUGCAAUUCAGGAUUUUCAAGUGAGACAGUACAUUGAACAAUUAAAUAAUUCCAGAGUUGGACUUCAGCCUGCAGUACUACGGAGGGCCUAUUGGCUUGAAGCGGGGUCAGCCAAUUUAGGACUCAUUACUGUUGAUAUUGCAUUAGCUGCUGAUCAUCAUUCUAAACAUGAGGCUCAGAGACAUUUCUUAGAAACUCAUGAUGCCAGAACUAAGAGGUUGUGGUUUUUGUGGCCAGAUGAUACCCUGAAGAAUAAGAGGUGUAGGAACAAGUGUGGUUGUCUCGGUGGCUGCAGAUUCUUUGGUGGCACAGUAACUGGCCUAGAUUUCUUCAAACUUGAAGAGUUGACACCUUCCAGUAGUUCUGCAUUUUCAAGCACGAGUGCAGAGUCUGAUAUGUAUUAUGGACAGUCUCUGCUACAGCCUGGAGAAUGGAUUAUUACUAAAGAAAUUCCCAAAAUUGUAGAUGGUAAUGUGAAUGGCAUGAAGAGGAAAGAAUGGGAAAACAAAUCAGUGGGAAUAGAAGUAGAAAGAAAAACUCAGCACCUUAGUCUUCAAGUACCAUUACGAUCUCAUAGCUCAUCCUCUUCCUCAGAAGAGAAUAGUAGUUCUAGUGCUGCACAGCCUUUAUUGGCCGGAGAAAAGGAAAGUCCCUCUUCUGUUGCUGAUGACCAUUUGGUUCAAAAAGAAUUCUUGCAUAGUGCAAAAAGAGAUGAUGGUCAAGUACGUAUUCCUACAGAAAUUUCAGGAAACAGCCCUGUGUCUCCUAAUACUCAGGAAAAGUCAGGUCAAUCUCCUUUGAGAUCUCCCUUGAAACGACAAGCCUCUGUAUGUUCCACUCGACUUGGGAGUACCAAGAGCCUUACUGCUGCUUUUUAUGGGGACAAGCAACCUGUUACAGUUGGAGUCCAGUUUAGUAGUGAUGUCUCCCGAAGUGAUGAGAAUGUAUUAGACUCACCAAAGCAGAGAAGAAGUUUUGGUUCAUUUCCAUACACACCAUCAGCAGACUCCAAUUCAUUUCAUCAAUAUCGGUCAAUGGAUUCCAGCAUGUCAAUGGCUGAUAGCGAAGCCUACUUUUCUGCAGCUGAAGAAUUUGAGCCCAUUAGCAGUGAUGAAGGCCCUGGAACCUAUCCAGGUAGAAAAAAGAAGAAAAAGCAAACACAGCAGAUUGACUACAGUAGGGGUUCCAUAUAUCACAGUGUGGAGGGACCACUUACUGGCCAUGGAGAAAACAUUCAGGAUCCCCGAACUCUGCCAUUCAAAACUCAUCCUUCCCAGGCUUCAUUUGUUUCUGCGUUAGGUGGAGAAGAUGACGUUAUAGAACAUCCAUAUGUUGUAGAGGUUGAGAAAACAGUAGAGAGCGAACAGAUUACUUCUCAACAACCUGUGAUGAAUUGUUAUCAGACUUACCUUACUCAGUUCCAGGUAAUUAAUUGGUCAGUGAAGCACCCUACUAACAAAAGAACCUCUAAGUCCUCAUUGCAUCGUCCCCUCGAUCUUGAUACUCCAACCAGUGAAGAAAGUUCAUCGUCAUUUGAACAGCUUUCUGUUCCAACUUUUAAGGUUAUCAAACAGGGGCUCACAGCUAAUUCUUUACUAGACAGAGGAAUGCAGCUUUCAGGAUCAACUUCGAAUACACCAUAUACUCCUCUGGAAAAGAAAACUGUUGAUAACACAGAUGAUGAGACAUUGACAGAAGAGUGGACCUUGGAUCAGCCAGUCUCUCAGACCAGGACCACAGCCAUAGUUGAAGUAAAAGGGACUGUUGAUGUUGUUCUGACUCCCCUGGUGGCUGAAGCUUUAGACAGGUACAUUGAAGCAAUGGUUCAUUGUGCUAGUACCCGCCAUCCAGCGGCAAUUGUAGAUGAUCUCCAUGCCAAAGUCCUCAGGGAGGCUGUCCAAAAUAGCAAGACUACUUUCUCAGAAAAUCUAUCUUCCAAACCAGAUGUUAGAGGAACAAAAACUGAACAUGCUACCAUAGGAACAACUAACCAAGGACAAGCACAGACAAAUCUUGUAAUGAAGCAAGAUAAUGUAACAAUUAAAGGUCUUCAGGCUAAUGUUAGCAUACCAAAGGUAAACUUAUGUUUGUUACAAGCCUCAGUGGAAGAAUCUCCAAGUACAGCUCCUAGUAAAAGUGUGACUCAUGUUUCUCUAGUAGCAUUGUGUUUUGACAGAAUUGCUACGCAAGUUCGUAUGAACAGAGGUGUGGUUGAAGAGACUUCAAAUACAGAACCUGGUAGAACAUCAAAUUUUGAUAGGUAUGUCCAUGCCACUAAGAUGCAGCCUCAGUCAUCUGGAUCUCUCAGAUCAAAUGCUGGAGCAGAAAAAGGCAAAGAAAUUGCAGCCAAGUUAAAUAUUCAUCGAGUUCAUGGGCAACUUAGGGGUCUUGAUACAACAGAUAUUGGUACCUGUGCCAUCACUGCUAUUCCUUUUGAGAAGUCCAAAGUUUUAUUUACUCUGGAAGAGUUGGAUGAGUUUACUUUUGUGGAUGAAACUGAUCAGCAAGCUGUUCCAGAUGUAACUCGAAUAGGUCCCAGCCAAGAAAAAUGGGGUUGGAUAAUGUUUGAAUGUGGACUUGAAAAUUUAACCAUAAAAGGAGGAAGACAGUCUGGUGCUGUUUUAUAUAAUACUUUUGGAAUUAUGGGUAAAGCUAGUGUCACAGAAAGAGGUGGAGUGCUGACAUCCAAUAAUUCUUCUGAUUCUCCAACUGGCAGUGGCUAUAAUACUGAUGUCUCUGAUGAUAAUCUUCCCUGUGAUCGAAUGAGCCCUUCUUCAGACUUAAAUGGAAAUUCUGUUUCAGAUGAACAAGAUGAAGGAGUUGAAUCUGAUGAUUUGAAAAAAGAUUUACCUCUGAUGCCUCCACCUCCAGAUUCAUGUAGCAUGAAGUUGACCAUCAAGGAAAUUUGGUUUAGUUUUGCAGCUCCCACUAAUGUGAGAUCUCCUACACAUGCAUUUUCUAGGCAGCUGAACCUUUUAAGCACUGCAACUCCAGCUGUUGGUGCAUGGCUUGUUCCCAUUGAUCAACUCAAAUCAUCCUUAAACAAAUUAGAAACUGAGGGCACCUUGAGAAUUUGUGCUGUUAUGGGAUGUAUAAUGACAGAAGCAUUAGAGAAUAAAAGUGUACAUUUUCCCUUAAGAAGUAAAUACAACAGACUUACAAAAGUUGCCCGUUUUCUCCAAGAAAAUCCUUCAUGUUUACUGUGCAAUAUACUACAUCACUACCUGCACCAGGCAAAUUACUCCAUCAUUGAUGAUGCUACAAUGAGUGAUGGACUUCCUGCUUUGGUAACAUUAAAGAAAGGUUUAGUUGCAUUGGCAAGGCAGUGGAUGAAGUUUAUUGUGGUGACACCAGCCUUUAAAGGAGUUAGCUUACACAGACCAGCUCAGCCGCUGAAACCUCAAUCAGCUGUGGACCAUGAACAUGAAGACGGACUUGGGCUAGACAAUGGAGGUGGUCUUCAAAGUGACACCAGUGCUGAUGGAGCAGAAUUUGAAUUUGAUGCAGCCACAGUCAGUGAACACACAAUGCUACUAGAAGGAACAGCCAACCGUCCUCCACCUGGUAGCUCUGGACCUGUAACUGGAGCUGAGAUAAUGAGGAAACUUUCUAAGACUCAUACCCACAGUGACUCUGCAUUAAAGAUAAAGGGUAUUCACCCAUAUCAUUCUUUGAGCUAUACCAGUGGAGACACUGCCACCGAUUCUCCGGUGCAUGUUGGACGUGCUGGGAUGCCAGUUAAGGAGAGUCCAAGGAAGGAGAGCCUACUCAGCUACCUGACUGGAAGCUUCCCAAGCUUGCACAACCUCCUAGAAGGGACUCCUCAGAGAAGUAGUGCAGCUAUAAAAAGCAGCUCCCUAACGAGAACGGGAAAUACAAUGGCCACUGAUAUGUUAUCUGAACAUCCCUUGCUAUCUGAGCCAUCAUCUGUGAGUUUCUAUAAUUGGAUGUCAAAUGCUGUGGGUAAUCGUGGAAGUGUGGUACAAGAAUCUCCUGUUACAAAAUCCGCACACAAUAGUCUUCCAUCAGGUGUUGCACCCAAUCUUCCUACAAUACCCUCAGCCUCAGAUUUCAACACCGUCUUAUCUAGUGACCAGAAUACUUUGGAUGGAACACAUUCUCAGCAUAGCACUAGUCAGGAUGAUGUGGCAGGUGUAGAAGAAGCCAACCAAGGGUUUCCUGCUGUGCAGCUUGCUGAUGCACAGGUUGUUUUCAGACCUCUUCUCAGUCAUACAGGGAUUCAGUCACAGGAUGCAAUGCCACUCUGCUACCGAAUGUACUUUGGAGAACACCUUUCAUUUUCAGGGACUUUGGACUGCCUUAGAGCAGAUAUUGUGGAUUCGGACACAGCCAAAGAGAGAAAAGGCAAAAGAGCAAGAAGGCAAGGUCAUGUGAAUCUUCCUCCACUUGAAUUCAAACCAGCAUUAAUGUUGGAAACCUUUAGCAUCAGUGCUGUUGUAAUGGAAAAGUCAGUGUGCACCCCUCAGAACUCUACCAGUGCUCUUUCUUUUCAUGAUCUCAACAAACGGUAUUAUAAUACCUUCCACUGUAACUUUACUAUUUCUUGUCAGUCAAUAAGCCAGCAUGUGGAUAUGGCUUUGGUUCGUCUUAUUCAUCAAUUUAGUACGAUGAUAGAUGACAUCAAAGCGACUCAGACUGACAUUAAACUUAGCAGAUAUACAGCUGGAUCGGCUUCCCCAACACCUACCUUCAAAACCAGAAAACAUCGGGAUUUUCGCUCAUCUGACUUCAGCCGCAGUUCUAGAGGAAGUCUGAAUGGUGGCAAUAGAGUAAACAAUGCAAAGAACAAACGGACCAACAAUGAAAAUAACAAAAAGGAAUCUCGAAACAAAAAUUCAUUAGGAAGAUCUGAAAGAAGAACUUCAAAAGUGUCUAGGAAAGGUUCAAAAGAUGUGGUGGACCAUAUGACUAUUCAUAUGGAUGACUCUGAUUCAAUUACAGUGUCAGAACAAAGUGAGCCUUCGGCUGAGUGCUGGCAGAAUAUGUAUAAAUUACUUAACUUCUAUUCACUUAUCUCUGAUCCAACAGGAAUAUUGGAAAAAUCUUCAGAAACAUUUGGACCAGCAGGAGUUCGGAGCCCUACAGAGCCAACAUGUAAAGUUGUGUUUGAGAAUGAACAAGACAGUAAUAGUUUGACUAAGACACAGAGGAAACGUAGCUUGGUGACUUCUGAACCUCAGCAUGUUACUCUGAUAGUGUUUGGGAUUGGCAUGGUGAACCGCACACACCUGGAGGCUGACAUUGGGGGGCUAACAAUGGAAUCAGAACUGAAGAGGAUCCACGGCAGCUUUACACUUAAGGAAAAAAUGAAAGAUGUUUUACAUCAAAAGAUGACUGAAACGUGUGCCACUGCUCAUAUUGGUGGGGUUAAUAUUGUGCUGCUUGAAGGGAUUACACCAAAUAUACAACUGGAGGAUUUUCCUACAUCUCCUACAAGCACAGCCAAACAAGAGUUUCUAACUGUAGUGAAAUGUAGUAUUGCCAAGUCACAAGCCCUCUACAGUGCCCAGAGAGGGUUGAAGACUAACAAUGCUGCCGUGUUCAAAGUAGGAGCUAUCAGCAUCAACAUUCCCCAGCACCCUGCCACCUUACAUAGCAUGAUGGUUCGGAGUUCCCACCAACUAUCUAAGCAGAUCUCAGAUCUUAUCAGACAGCCUUCUACAGUCCCACAGCCCAUGAAAGAAGAUAUUGCAACGCCCCUACCUUCUGAAAAAACUCCAACAAGUGUUAAUCAAACUCCUAUUGAAACAAAUGAAUUUCCUCAGCUACCUGAAGGUUUAGAAAAGAAGCCUAUUGUUCUUAAAUUCAGUGCCAUGUUAGAUGGUAUAGCCAUUGGAGCAGCACUUUUACCAUCUCUGAAAGCAGAAUACAAAAUGGGAAGAAUGAGAAGUCAUGGAAUGACAGGUGCACAGACCAGGUUUACAUUUGAGCUGCCAAAUCACAGAUUACGUUUUACUUCGAAAGUUUCUGCCACAGAUAUGUCAACCAUUCCUCCUUCUGCCAGUCUCAACCUUCCUCCUGUUACUAUGUCAGGGAAAUAUAUAAUGGAAGAACAUGAUAGUUAUUCAGAUCAGGUGUGGAGUAUUGAUGAACUACCUUCUAAACAAGGGUACUAUUUACAGGGAAAUUAUCUACGUUGUGUGGCAGAAGUUGGUUCGUUCGAACAUAAUCUCACAACUGAUCUUCUAAACCACUUGGUAUUUGUACAGAAAGUGUUCAUGAAGGAAGUUAAUGAAGUAAUACAGAAAGUUUCUGGUGGGGAGCAGCCUAUUCCUCUUUGGAAUGAACAUGAUGGAACAGCAGAUGGAGAUAAGCCUAAAAUUCUGCUCUAUUCCCUGAACUUGCAGUUUAAGGGUAUUCAAGUAACAGCUACUACUCCAUCAAUGAGAGCUGUCAGAUUUGAAACUGGAUUGAUAGAGCUGGAACUUUCGAAUCGACUUCAAACCAAAGCUUCACCAGGGAGUAGCAGCUAUCUGAAACUGUUUGGUAAAUGCCAAGUGGAUUUAAAUCUGGCAUUAGGACAAAUUGUCAAACAUCAAGUUUAUGAAGAAGCUGGUUCUGAUUUUCAUCAAGUUGCCUAUUUUAAAACCAGAAUCGGAUUAAGAAAUGCCCUCCGAGAAGAAAUCAGUGGUUCUUCAGACAGGGAAGCUGUGCUUAUUACCUUGAAUAGACCCAUUGUUUAUGCACAGCCUGUGGCCUUUGAUAGAGCUGUGCUAUUUUGGCUGAAUUAUAAGGCUGCCUAUGACAACUGGAAUGAACAACGAAUGGCUUUACAUAAAGAUAUUCAUAUGGCUACAAAGGAAGUGGUAGAUAUGCUACCGGGUAUCCAGCAAACAUCAGCCCAGGCCUUUGGGACUCUCUUCCUCCAGCUCACUGUGAAUGAUCUGGGAAUAUGUCUGCCCAUCACAAAUACUGCACAGUCUAAUCACACUGGAGACCUUGACAUUGGUUCUGCUUUAGUACUGACCAUUGAAAGUACUCUCAUCACUGCUUGUUCUUCAGAAUCUCUGGUUAGUAAAGGGCAUUUCAAAAACUUUUGUAUUCGUUUUGCUGAUGGCUUUGAGACGUCGUGGGAUGACUGGAAACCAGAAAUUCGUGGCGAUCUAGUGAUGAAUGCCUGUGUAGUUCCAGAUGGCACCUAUGAAGUAUGUUCUAGGACUACAGGACAAGCAGCUGCCGAAAGUAGUAGUGCUGGAACAUGGACACUCAAUGUUUUGUGGAAAAUGUGUGGGAUCGAUGUCCACAUGGAUCCUAACAUUGGCAAAAGACUUAAUGCUCUGGGCAAUACCCUUACGACCCUGACAGGAGAGGAGGACAUAGAUGACAUUGCUGAUCUAAAUUCAGUGAACAUAGCUGACCUGUCAGAUGAGGAUGAAGUUGAUACUAUGUCUCCCACUAUCCAUACUGAAGCUGUAGAUUAUCGAAGACAAGGAGCAUCUUGUAGCCAACCAGGAGAACUUAGAGGAAGAAAAAUUAUGAAGCGUAUAGUGGAUAUCAGAGAACUGAAUGAACAGGCCAAAGUAAUAGAUGAUCUUAAAAAAUUAGGUGCAAGUGAAGGAACCAUAAACCAGGAAAUUCAGCGUUAUCAACAGUUAGAAUCUGUUGCUGUGAAUGAUAUUCGAAGAGACGUUCGUAAGAAAUUACGGAGGUCGAGUAUGCGAGCUGCUUCUCUAAAGGAUAAGUGGGGUUUGGGUUACAAACCAAGUUAUAGCCGUUCAAAAAGCAUUUCUGCUUCUGGAAGACCUCCUCUUAAACGAAUGGAAAGGGCAAGUUCUCGAAUAGGAGAAACUGAGGAGCUCCCUGAAAUCCAUGUGGAUGCAGCAUCUCCUGGACCCAGAGUAACUUUCAAUAUCCAAGAUACAUUGAAAAAAACAAUAUGGGGAAGUACGCCACAAUCCAGCUGUCCUGGGGAAGGGUAUUUUCAGUUUCCAGAGGAAACAGAACUGGACCUUUUGUCAGUAACUGUUGAAGGUCCAUCCCAUUACUCCUCAAAUAGUGAAGGAUCAUAUUCCGUGUUCAGUUCUCCCAAAACUCCAGGAGGCUAUUCAUCAGGCAUUCCUUUCCAACCUGAAGAGGGCCGACGGGAUGACAGUUUGUCUUCUACUAGUGAAGAUUCUGAGAAGGAUGAAAAGGAUGAAGACCAUGAGAGGGAAAGGUUUUAUAUUUACAGGAAACCCUCACAUACAUCUCGUAAAAAAGCAACAGGCUUUGCUGCUGUUCAUCAACUAUUUACAGAACGCUGGCCCACAACUCCAGUCAACCGAAGUCUCAGUGGCACUGCUACAGAGAGAAAUAUUGACUUUGAACUUGAUAUACGGGUCGAAAUUGAUAGUGGAAAAUGUGUGCUCCACCCAACUACCCUUCUACAAGAACAUGACGAUAUAAGCUUGAGAAGGAGUUAUGAUAGAAGUUCCAGGAGUUUAGAUCAAGAUUCUCCUUCAAAAAAGAAGAAGUUUCAAACUAAUUAUGCUUCUACCACCCAUUUAAUGACUGGCAAGAAAGUGCCAUCAUCUCUACAGACAAAGUCUAGUGACUUAGAAACAACAGUUUUUUACAUUCCUGGAGUUGAUGUAAAGUUGCAUUACAAUUCCAAGACACUAAAGACCGAAUCACCCAAUGCCUCCAGAGGAUCUUCCUUGCCAAGAACCCUCUCUAAAGAGUCCAAGCUGUAUGGUAUGAAAGAUAGUGCACCAUCUCCUCCUUCUCCUCCUUUACCUUGCACUGUCCAGAGCAAGACUAACACCUUACUUCCUCCCCAACCCCCACCUAUUCCCUCAGCCAAAGGAAAAGGAAGUGGAGGAGUAAAAACAGCCAAAUUAUAUGCUUGGGUAGCGCUUCAGUCAUUGCCAGAAGAAAUGGUUAUUAGUCCCUGCCUAUUAGAUUUUCUGGAAAAAGCUCUGGAAACUAUCCCAAUUACACCAAUUGAAAGGAAUUACACAACUGUCAGUUCACAAGAUGAAGAUAUGGGACAUUUUGAAAUACCAGAUCCUAUGGAAGAAUCAACAACAUCAUUAGUAUCAUCUUCAACAUCUGCUUACUCUUCUUUCCCUGUAGAUGUUGUGGUUUAUGUACGAGUUCAGCCCUCACAGAUCAAGUUUAGCUGUUUACCAGUAUCAAGAGUAGAAUGCAUGCUAAAGCUACCAUCCCUGGACUUGGUGUUUUCUUCAAACCGAGGCGAACUGGAGACUUUAGGGACCACGUAUCCCACAGAGACUUUAUCCCCUGGAGGUAGUGCUACUCAGAGUGGAACAAAGACCUCUACAAGCAAAACUGGAACACCGGGUUCAUCCGGCCUAGGCAGCCCUCUUGGCAGAAGUCGACAUAGUAGUAGUCAAUCAGAUCUAACCAGUUCUAGCAGCAGUUCGUCUGGGUUGAGCUUCACUGCAUGCAUGUCUGACUUUUCCCUUUAUGUAUUUCAUCCAUACGGAGCAGGGAAACAAAAAACUGCUGUUUCUGGGCUCACACCUGGAUCAGGAGGACUAGGGAAUGUGGAUGAAGAACCCACUUCCGUCACUGGUCGAAAAGACUCACUCAGUAUAAACCUUGAAUUUGUAAAAGUGAGUUUGUCUCGGAUAAGGCGCUCAGGAGGUGCCUCAUUUUUUGAAAGUCAGUCUGUAAGCAAAUCUGCAAGCAAAAUGGACACUACACUAAUCAAUAUAUCUGCUGUAUGUGAUAUAGGGUCUGCCUCCUUUAAAUAUGAUAUGCGUCGACUCAGUGAAAUUCUGGCAUUUCCAAGAGCCUGGUAUAGGAGAAGUAUUGCAAGACGCCUAUUCCUUGGAGACCAAACUAUAAAUUUGCCAACAUCUGGCCCAGGGACACCUGAUUCCAUUGAAGGGGUAAGCCAGCAUCUUUCUCCUGAAUCGUCAAGAAAAGCUUACUGCAGGACCUGGGAACAGCCUAGUCAGUCAGCCUCUUUCACCCACAUGCCUCAGUCACCUAAUGUAUUCAAUGAACAUAUGACAAACAGCACCAUGUCGCCAGGGACAGCAGCACAGAGCCUAAAAUCCCCAGCUUCCAUAAGAUCAAGGAGUGUGUCUGAUUCUUCAGUUCCCCGAAGAGAUUCACUUUCAAAAACAUCAACUCCUUUUAACAAAUCGAACAAAGCAGCAAGCCAACAAGGGACCCCAUGGGAAACAUUGGUCGUGUUUGCCAUCAACUUGAAGCAAUUAAACGUUCAAAUGAAUAUGAGUAAUGUAAUGGGAAAUACAACUUGGACAACUAGUGGUUUGAAGAGCCAGGGCCGUCUGUCGGUAGGAAGUAAUCGAGAUCGAGAGAUAAGCAUGUCCGUAGGUCUGGGAAGAUCACAGUUGGAUUCUAAAGGAGGAGUAGUUGGAGGGACCAUAGAUGUCAAUGCUUUGGAGAUGGUUGCUCAUAUUUCUGAACAUCCAAAUCAGCAACCUAGUCACAAAAUUCAGAUUACUAUGGGUUCUACUGAAGCUCGUGUUGAUUACAUGGGCUCAAGUAUCCUCAUGGGUAUCUUCAGUAAUGCUGAUCUCAAGCUUCAGGAUGAAUGGAAAGUAAAUCUGUAUAACGCACUGGAUUCAAGCAUGACUGAUAAAAGUGAAAUAUUUGUCCAUGGAGAUUUGAAGUGGGAUAUUUUCCAAGUAAUGAUAUCAAGAUCAACUACACCAGACCUGAUAAAAAUAGGAAUGAAGCUCCAGGAAUUUUUCACACAACAGUUUGACACCAGCAAACGAGCUCUGUCUACCUGGGGACCCGUUCCAUAUCUUCCACCUAAGACAAUGACUAAUAACCUAGAGAGAAGUUCGCAAGAACAAUUGCUCGAUGCAGCUCAUCAUCGACAUUGGCCUGGAGUAUUGAAGGUGGUAUCAGGAUGCCACAUAUCCUUAUUUCAGAUUCCAUUACCAGAAAAUGGAAUGCAGUUCGGAGGAUCAAUGAGCUUACAUGGAAAUCAUAUGACACUAGCUUGUUUUCAUGGUCCAAAUUUCCGUUCAAAAUCCUGGGCCCUUUUUCACUUAGAAGAACCAAAUAUUGCUUUUUGGACCGAAGCUCAGAAAAUCUGGGAAGAUGGCUCUAGUGAUCAUUCUACAUACAUUGUACAAACGUUGGAUUUUCAUCUGGGCCAUAAUACCAUGGUUACCAAACCAUGUGGUGCUUUGGAAAGUCCUAUGGCAACAAUAACCAAAAUAACAAGGCGUCGCCAUGAAAAUCCACCCCAUGGAGUAGCAAGUGUAAAAGAAUGGUUCAACUAUGUUACAGCCACAAGGAAUGAAGAGCUAAACCUACUUCGUAAUGUUGAUGCUAAUAACACUGAAAAUAGCACUACAGUGAAGAAUUCUAGUUUGUUGAGUGGAUUCAGAGGAGGUUCUAGUUACAAUCAUGAAACAGAGACUAUCUUUGCAUUACCAAGGAUGCAGCUUGAAUUUAAAUCCAUUCAUGUUCAAGAACCACAGGAACCUUCAUUACAGGAUGCCAGCCUGAAGCCGAAGGUAGAAUGUAGUGUGGUGACAGAGUUCACUGACCACAUUUGUGUGACUAUGGAUGCUGAGCUCAUCAUGUUUCUUCAUGAUUUAGUGUCGGCUUAUCUCAAAGAAAAAGAAAAAGCCAUUUUUCCACCUCGGGUUUUAUCUACUCGACCAGGACAGAAAAGUCCAAUUAUUAUACAUGAUGACAACUCCUCUGACAAAGACAGAGAGGACAGCAUCACUUACACUACUGUGGACUGGAGAGAUUUUAUGUGCAACACAUGGCAUCUAGAACCCACUCUCAGAUUAAUAUCUUGGACUGGAAGAAAGAUUGAUCCAGUGGGUGUUGAUUACAUUCUUCAAAAACUGGGCUUCCAUCAUGCCAGGACUACUAUUCCUAAAUGGCUUCAAAGAGGAGUCAUGGACCCACUUGACAAGGUUCUGUCAGUACUUAUAAAAAAACUCGGUACUGCACUACAGGAUGAAAAGGAAAAGAAAGGAAAAGACAAAGAAGAACACUAAAAAAGUAACUUGAUCUGUGAACAAAUUAUGAUUGUGUCCAUUAAGUUUUAUUACACUGGAGUGUUUUUUUUUUCUUUUGUAUAGUAAAAUUAUUUUCAGUAUAACUUAAAAUAACUCUAAUUUUGUGGCCAUUAUAUUGAAAGUUUGUAAGUUAACCUGUUUAUUCUAGUUCCACCAUUCUGUAUACAAUGAAGUAUUGCAUGAUAAUGUAAAUUUUGUGAAAAACUAGAUUAAAAUAUAUAAAUCUGCUCAGUAGGGUUUAUAAUUGUAUUAUGUGCAAUAUGAUUCCUGCAUCUUUAAAAUAUUUUCAGAGUAACUGUGAAUUUUUGCUAUUGGCCAUAACUUUUAGAAAAAAUCUUGUUGAUAAUGUGAUUUUUUUUUUUUUUGGUCAUUAAUUGCUUUUUCUUUUUUGAAAAUGUAGUCUUGUAAAAAUACCUAUUUGUAUAUAGUUCUAGUAAUUGUGAUAUGAUUACCACUAAAAUAUUGUUUGUAACUAUUGUAAUAAAGUCACAGUAAUUGGUUUCA